AUGCCUAACCUGGAGCCUACUCCAUCAGAAUGGCAGUCCCGCUUCCAGAAAGCGUGCCUCACCUUCGUGGACGAGGUCGAGACUCUAGCUAAAUACAUCAGAGACAACGGUGAUGCCCGCGGCAUCGGCCACAGAUCACGGGUAUAUGACGGACUAAUGCGUCUCUGGGUGCAGGUAGAGAAGCUCAAGGAGGCCGGACUAGAAAUGGCCGCCGAGUCCCCGAAGUGCCCGCUUGUUCUCGCGAAGCUUCAGUAUUGGCAUAUCCGGGACCUUGCGGAUCAGACAGACUUUGAGGAUGAGUGUGAUGGAUUGGAGACGGAGUUGGAUCAGUGGGCGAAAGGGGUUCUUGGUGAUAAGGUUGAGAAUCUUUGGGUUGCUGGGUUUUUGGAGUCUCUGUCGUUGAGUAUUCUAGGGCGGUUUCAGUGUUCAUUCUUUUGA